CCACGUGUGACGCUUUCAUUCCCGGCUCAGUAAUAUUCUCAUAGCGGGGCUUUGCAUAUCUCCUGCCCUAUCUGUGUGUGUCUGUCACUGUUACUGUAGUCCCAGCCUCUAUAGUUUGGAAUAGAUAUGGAAGGAGACGGGAGUCAAGCCACGUCCGGAAGCCUAAAUGAUUCACAACAUGACCCGGGUAAAAUGUUUAUCGGUGGCCUCAGCUGGCAAACCUCACCAGACAGCCUUAGAGACUAUUUUAGUAAAUUCGGAGAAAUAAGAGAAUGUAUGGUGAUGAGAGACCCCACGACAAAACGUUCAAGAGGAUUUGGGUUUGUUACGUUUACAGAUGCUGCCAGUGUAGAUAAAGUCUUAGCUCAACAGCACCAUGAAUUAGACUCAAAGACGAUUGAUCCUAAGGUUGCCUUUCCCCGUCGCGCCCAGCCUAAGAUGGUCACAAGAACAAAGAAAAUAUUUGUGGGUGGCUUGUCGGCCAACACGGUAGUGGAAGAUGUGAAGCAGUAUUUUGAACAGUUCGGGAAGGUUGACGACGCCAUGCUUAUGUUUGAUAAGACUACUAACAGACAUAGAGGAUUUGGUUUCAUAACUUUUGAGAGUGAAGACAUCGUAGAGAAAGUCUGUGAAAUUCAUUUUCAUGAAAUCAAUAACAAAAUGGUAGAAUGUAAGAAGGCCCAGCCCAAGGAGGUGAUGUUCCCACCAGGUACGCGAGGGCGAGCCCGGGGUCUGCCCUACACCAUGGAUGCCUUCAUGCUGGGGAUGGGCAUGCUGAGUUACCCUAACAUCGUGGCAACGUAUGGCCGCGGAUACACUGGAUUUGCACCCAGCUACAGCUACCAGUUCCCCGGCUUCCCAGCGACGGCAUACGGACCGGUGGCGGCGGCGGCGGUAGCAGCAGCGCGUGGCUCAGGUAGGGGGGCCCGUGGAAGAGGCGGCUACUUGGCGUACCCACAGAGCACAGGGCCAGGCCUCCCCGAUUAUGGGUUUUACUCUGCGCCCAGUGACCAGAGGGGGGGGCCCUGCUCCUUUGCUGACUAUGGCUCCCUGGGGCCCCAGGCGGCUCAGAUGCUGCACAGUGAGCAUGCCACCUCCGCCUGCAACUCCCCCCUACAGCACCUACACAGCCCGGAUCAGUUUAAGAACCCAGGCGCCAACCCGUCGAGGCCCGGCGGUUUUCCCGGCGCCAACAGUCCAGGGCCUGUGGCUGACCUGUACGGACCUAGCAACCAGGAUUCAGCCGUGGGGAACUACAUCAGCGCUGCUAGUCCUCAGCCCGGCUCUGGGUUUGGACCCAGCAUUACUAGUAUAUCUGGUGGCCCGGGACAGACAGGACGGAGUUUCUAAUUGGCUUUGUGUGCAGGUGAUGAUUAUCCAACUUCAAGCACUACAGCGUCACCGAUGGCUAAAUGAGCGAAAAGCGGGAACCAUGUGAGGAAGAAGAAGAAGAAGAGAGAGAAAAAAAAAAAACGUUUGUCAUCUCAGAAAAACAAACAACUGCUGUACUAUAACCCAAACCUCCUAUACCUUCACAACCUGGUUUGGUAGGAUGUUCCACGUCAACUUCGCUCACCGAUGUCCUUCUUCCCUUAGCGUUUUGUUUUUUGAUCACUUUCUAGCGCGUCGCCUGAGUUCAGCCUCGACUUUUUAUCUUCUCGUAGUUUGUAAGUGCAUUUUCUGGUUAUUUUCUGUUUCGUUUGGUUUUUAAAGUACAGCGGGUCAGAGCCAAGAAAAUCUGCAAGUCACGUCUUCAUCUUCGUAUUGGUCAGUGUAAUGGCAAAAAAAAAAGAAACAAAAGUGGUUGGGAUAGUUCCAUUCGGUCUUUAAGCAAAAAAAAAAAAAAAAAGCUCAGUAUGGUCGGGCUUGGAGGAGAAAAAAAAGGAAAUUUUAAACAGAAGGUAUCUAAGUAAUAAAUUUUAGUAGCCGUUUUAUUUCUUGUGAUGUCUCAUUGUAAACCAUGAUUACCUAUUUUUGGGCAAUACAAAGAGGACUCCAAUAUUUUUAUGGUCCUUUUUUAUAAGUGUUGUUUCUGUUGUGUAGAAAUAUAAAUAUAUAUAAAUAUAUAUAUAUAUGCUAUAACAAAUUUCAUAUAACGACAUUGUGAAUUGAAACUUGAGAAAAAGAAAUGUAGCUGUACAUAUUAUUCCAGUCACUGCAUAUAACCAGCUCAGUGAGAGAAUAGCAUAUUUUUGUGAUGGUGUGUCAAAAGAAUACGUUCUGGCGUGUGAAUAGAAGAAAAAGCUGUAAACAAUAUUCUAUGUUUUUUGUUUUUGUUGUUGUUGUUCUGUUUUUCUUUUCUUUUUUUUUUGGUUUGUUUCUGCUGACAGAUGGUAUAAAAAAAAAAGCCCACUAACAGCCGUGUAAAUACUGAAAGCGGAGUCGUUUUAAAAGCGUCAUACCAGCAAAUUUAUGACCGGUGAGUUUAGUCUAAGCGCCGUUUUUAGAGAAAGAACAGCGAUUAUGAUUUAAAGAUCACUUCAAAGUGGGAGAGAUGAAGAGAGAGAGAGAGGAAAAGUAAAGAAGAUUUUUAUCCAAAGCACACUGUACGAAGAUACGCGAUGGUUCGAACUUGAAGCGGGCAUUUCGCAGAGCUCUGCGCAUCCUGACGCUUUUCUACUGCUGAGAGGAACCUGUUAGCUAUAUAUGUGUUUAAUGUCCGUUUCAUCCUGCUUGUUCCUGAUUCACCUCAUGGAACAAAAUACCUGGGCUCUAUGGUCGAGCCUUUU